GACCCAUUUUUCAUCCCUUCCCCCUCACAUUCAAUGUCUACCAAUCUACCAAUAUCUAUUGCUAUACCCGUUGUUGGAGGAAUUGGUAUGGGCCUUAUCACCAGGACCUCUGUCAAUACAUGGUAUAAGGACUUGGAAAAGCCGUCAGCUCGUCCACCUGUAAGUCUUCACUUCACUUUUGCUUAAAAUCAUCGCUUCACAAUUAACCGCGUUUUUUUGUGCAGAAUUGGGUGUUUGGACCUGUGUGGACCUGCCUGUAUACAGCCAUGGGCUACGGCAGCCAUUUGAUUGCAAAUCAUGCGGCGUAUUCAUUGUCACCAGAAACUAAGGAGUUGGCUCAACUAGGCUUGAACUUGUAUUACUCGCAAUUAGCACUCAACUUUGCCUGGACGCCCUUAUUCUUUGGUGUUCACAAAGUCAAACUGGCCGCUGUAGACUGUGCUUUUCUAACUGCAAAUGUAGCAGCCAUGAUCUACACCUGGUGGAAAGUGGAUCGUAAAGCUGCUCAGUUGAUGCUGCCAUAUCUUGGCUGGUCAUCGUUCGCAACUUAUCUAACUAUCUCAAUUUAUCAACGAAACUUUUCCAAGAAAGCACGCAGGGGAGAUUAGGGAGGAUGUACAACUUGCUGCUACAUAAAACUUAUUCCAGUGGUUGGCAUGCGGCGUCUUUCCGAUUCUUCCAUGCCCAACCGUCAAAUAAAAUAAAAAAGAAAUCAUCACAAUAUUACUGGCUGAAAUGAAGACACAGCAAAUGGUGCCGACAAAUAAUAAUCCAGGUUCGCCCAAUCAGGAACUAAACGCUCACAAAAAUGCCAAGGCAACUCGGCUGGCAUGAACCCCAGCCACCACC